UAUAUAUAUAUAUUUGUGUCUAUAUAUGUGUGUGUGGAGAGAGAUCGAUAGACUUGUUAGAAGGCCUGCGACUUAUUCAGCAAAAAGAAUAUAUUGUAGUGAUCAACCAACUUGUUUGCAUCCCAUAUCCAUCGGAGGUGAAGAAACUCUACAGCUAGCUUUAGUUAGAAAGUAGAAACUAGUAUAUUAUAAUUAAUGGUUAAGUUCAAAAGGGUGUGUGUCUUCUGUGGAAGUAAUUCAGGCCAUAGAAAGAUAUUCAGUGAUGCAGCUCUUCAACUUGGGACUCAACUGGUGGAGAGGAAGAUGGAUUUGGUGUAUGGAGGAGGAAGUGUAGGGCUGAUGGGGUUGGUUUCACAAACAGUUUAUGACGGUGGAUGUCAUGUUCUUGGAGUUAUCCCAACAGCCCUUGUUCCACUUGAGAUAUCAGGCAAUUCAGUAGGAGAAGUGUUGAUUGUAUCGGAUAUGCAUGAAAGGAAGGCUGAGAUGGCUCGUCAAGCCGAUGCUUUCAUUGCACUUCCUGGUGGGUAUGGAACCAUGGAAGAGUUGCUUGAGAUGAUAACAUGGUCUCAGCUUGGAAUCCAUGACAAACCAGUGGGUCUCUUAAAUAUUGAUGGGUAUUAUGAUUGCUUGCUUCGUCUGUUUGACAAAGGCGUGGAAGAAGGAUUUAUUAAUUUAUCUGCAAGGAACAUUGUCAUAUCUGCAAAAACUGCUCAAGAGCUGAUACAGAGGAUGGAGGAAUACAUACCUUUGCAUAAUCAAGUGGCACCAACCCAAAGCUGGAAUGUGGAAGAAAACCAUGCAAAUCAUAAAAGGGCUUGAUGCACUAAUGAACUAAGACUGACUUGAAAAAUGAAUUGUUUAGAUGAAAAGCAAGGGUCGAAUUAAUCAUAUAUUUGACUUUCUAUGGUCAAAUUUGUCUUUCAGGAUUAUGCAAUAUAUGGAUUCGGCAUACCAAUUAUGAUUGUGAAUGUAAUUGAUAUAAGACUAUUUUCCUUUCCCUCA